AUGGGGGCCCAGUUUUCGGCACCAGAUAUAAUUGACAGCCAAACCGGAACACUCCGCAGGGUUACCGGGGUCACAAACUGGAGCACUCCACAGGUGGAAAGGGUUACCGGGGGUCACAAACUGGAGCACUCCACGGGUGGGAAGGGUUACCGGGGUCACAAACUGGAGCACUCCACGGGUGGGAAGGGUUACCGGGGUCACAAACUGGAGCACUCCACGGGUGGGAAGGGUUACCGGGGUCACAAACUGGAGCACUCCACGGGUGGGAAGGGUUACCGGGGUCACAAACUGGAGCACUCCACGGGUGGGAAGGGUUACCGGGGUCACAAACUGGAGCACUCCACGGGUGGGAAGGGUUACCGGGGUCACAAACUGGAGCACUCCACGGGUGGGAAGGGUUACCGGGGUCAAACUGCCACAGUUGUCUCUGGGGAGAGGAGCUAA